GAGGUCGGGCGUCUGCCAGGCAGCGUCGCGGACUGUGCGGCUGAGACAGCGGGCGCGGAGGGCGGAGGCCGCGGCGGCCGGGGACGGAGGCUGAGCCCGCGCCGACAUGGCGGCGGCCACCAUCGUGCACGACACGUCGGAGGCAGUGGCGCUGUGCCCUGCGCUCGGGCUAUACCUGAAGCCAAUCACAAAGCUGACGAUCAGUGUGGCGCUGCCACCUCUGCGACCACCAGGAAAGUCGAUCUCGAACUGGGAGGUGAUGGAGCGGCUGAAGGCCAUGGUGGCGCAGGCGGGGCAGCCGCAUGCACCACAGCAGCCGGCAGCACAGUUCUCUGCGCUGCGCAUCGCCAAGAGCACACUGGACUCCGUGCGCUUCGAGGGCGAGCUGGAGCGCCGCGCGCUGCUGCGCCCAUGCCUGGCAGCGCUGGAUGGCCGUGCCCUCAAGCUGGGCGGCUUCCCAGAUGCGCUGCGCGUGCGCGCUGCCGAGUUCCGCCCGGACUUCCCAUCACGCCAUGACUGGGAUGCCUUUUUUCGCGACGCCGCGGACAUGGACGAGGCGCGGCCAGGCGAGCGGCCCGACACCAUCCACCUCGAGGGGUUGCCUUGCCGCUGGUUCGCGCCCCGGGGCGGCAGCGGGGGCAGUGACGCCUCUGCUGACGAUGCCACUACCGGUCCCGCGUCUUCCGCUUCUGGCGCUGCUUCUGCCACCACUUCCACCAGCAGUGGGGCGAUGAUGGCAGAGCGGCCCAGCGAGGCGCUGCUGCGGCAGGCAUUUGGCGCGUUUGGCGACAUCCGGCGCGUGGACAUCCCGAUGCUGGACCCGUACCGCGAGGACACGGGGCGCGGCUUCCACACGUUCGGCUUUGGCGGGCAACUGCACUUCGAGGCCUACGUUCAGUACCGCGAGUACGCGGGCUUCGCGCGUGCCAUGGCAGCUCUGCGAGGCAUGAAGCUCAUGUUCAAGGGCGGCGACGGCAAGGCGGUGGCCUGCGCCAUCAAGGUCUCAUUUGACUCCACCAAGCACCUGAGCGAUGCCUCCAUCCGGCGCCGGCAGCUGGAGCGGCAGAAGCUGCAGGAACUAGAGCUGCAGCGCGAGGAGCAAAAGCGGCGGGAGAAGGAGGCGGAGGAGCGUCGGCGGGCGGAGGAGCGAAAGCAAAAGCAGCUGGAGGAGCAGGAGCGAGAACGCCGCCGGGAGGAGAAACUGCGCAGGCGGGAGCAGCGGCAGCGGGACCGGGAGCAGCGGCGCAGCCGGCGCCGGGUGGAGAAGCUGCAGGCUGAGGAGCAGCGACGGCUGCAGGAGAAGAUUCGCAUGGAGGAGCGGAAGCUGCUGCUCGCCCAGCGCAACCUACAGUCCAUCCGGCUGGUGGCAGAACUGCUAAGCCGCGCGGAGGCCGCAAAGCUGCAGCGGCGUGAACGCAGUGAGGAGCGGCGGCGGCGCCAGCGGCAGGAGGAGCGGCGGCGACUGCAGGAGGCCGAGCUGCGCCGCGUGGAGGAGGAGAAGGCACGGGCACUGGGGCUGCAGCGAAGGGAGCGGGAGCUGCGCCAACGCCUGCUGUCCCUGCUGCUAGGCCGCCGCCCCACCAACCGAGCCGAUCCCGCCCCGCCUGGAGGCCCCGCAGCCCGCACCGACACCGAUGACCUCCUGCGACCCGUGCUUGACAUCCUGCACCGCGUGACUCACGCGCGGGCACCACGGGAUGCCGAUCCCAACCCCAAGGCCCCCGCAGAGCCCGCAGCCCCCGCGCAGGUGCUGGCGUGCAUCCGCGAGAAUGCACCGUCUAAGCCAGGUGCGUCCCCCACACGGGAGCCACCACCACCUCCGCCACGCGACUGCGAUGACCACAACAAAUGCAACCGCGAGCCCGGGCGGGAGGGUCGUUCACGCAGCCGAGGUGGGGAGAGUGGAGGCCGGCGGCGGCGGCAACAUGGGAAGCAUGCACACACAGACAACGCGGACACGGAAGAGGAGGAGGAGGAACCACGACGCCGUGAGAAAGACAAGGAGCGUGGCCGGGAGAGGAAGCGUAGCCGCCACGGGCGCCACUCACGUUCACGGUCACGCUCGCCACGGAGACGGGGAGCGUGGAACAGGUGAGGGUGCGGACAGCGCCCUGGAUGGCCAUGGCCGCGGUGCAUGUUGGGAAGCUGCCGCCAGCGCCCACGGACUCACUUGCACCCUUGUUUGUGCCAUGGCCGCAGUUUUUUUCUUUCACCCCCCCACGCAGUUCCUGCUACUAUUUUUUUCUCUCUCCCUGUGCACAAAUCUGCCACGUAGGCAGGAAGCCUCAGGUGUCACGUGACUGUGUGCGCCUUCCCAUGUUCAAUAAAGUCCUUUCCUCUGCA